AAGGGAAAAAAAAAGUAAACUGCACAGCAUACUUUCCCUUCCCUUCGCCGGUGAGUUGUCCCUCUUCCUACUUGUCUCUAUCUCCGCUCCGUCGUUCACUCUUUCUGGUUUCUUUUGUCUCAGAUCUCUCGCGGCCGUUUCCCCCAUCACUAACUCCAGUAAGUUAAAGUUGAUCAACACGAAGAAUACAAUGAGUUCGUCCAACAUUAGAGAUCUUCAACGUGAAUUGGAGAACAAAGCCAACGAUCUCAGCAAGCUUCAAAAGGAUAUUGCCAAGAAUCACCAAGUUAGAAAGAAGUACACGGUUCAGCUUGGCGAGAACGAGCUCGUCCUUAAGGAACUGGAUUUAUUGAAACAAGACGCAAAUGUUUACAAGUUGAUUGGCCCAGUACUUGUUAAGCAAGAUUUGGCUGAGGCCAAUGCAAAUGUCCGCAAAAGAAUUGAAUACAUCUCUGCUGAACUUAAACGCAGCUCUGCCCAGUGUACGGGACACCCGCCACUGUGAGGCAUGGAAAGACUCACUCAGCUUCUCAUUGUGGAGAGGUUGUUUCUAUGACAAGAACCUGAAACUGAUUAGACCAUUGAGCCGGAGGAAAUAAAGGAUAGGUAGACAUUACCAGAUCAGCAGGUAACAAGUGUGCCCAGGGUGUGAACUGUGGAAGCUAUGUUCUAGGAGAGAUAAGGGGGUGGUACAUGGAGGGGAGACUGGAAAGUUAGUUAUGCCGAGGUGGCAGUACUUCUUUCGAGGCGUGGUUGAAGUGAGAAGAUAGUUAUAGGAGCGAGGGAAUUGGGGGUGGGGGAGUAAGGAUUGAUCACCUUCAGUAUUGCGGCCUUAGGCUUGGGCAAGGGAAUGGAUAUUACUUUGUGUUCUGCUAUUUUUCUUUCUUUCUUCAGAGUUCCAAGUUCAAACUCUAUCUUGUAAUUCUUUUACCUUCCAAAGAUUAAUACUGAAUACACAUUUCCAUUUCCAAUC